AUGUAUCGCGUUUCAAUACUGUUGAUGGCUUUGACUGCCAACAACUUCAAAUCUGCAGAGUCUCUCCUGCCUCAAAAGCAUCAUCGGCACACACGUCACAACGAUCGUGAUUUGGCUCCAGGGAAUGGAUUCCAAUUGCCUCUUCUAUCAGCAAUCCAGGAAGAAGGCUUUGUGAAGAACAUGGAAAACUGUGUGAAAGCAUCAAUAUUGGCAUUGGGCCUUACCGCAGCCACUUUGACAACCCCACUUCCGGCCAUGGCUUCGGACUCCGCUGCUAUUGUUUCGUGCUUAUUCUCCAAGUGUCAGUUACCUUUAGCAAAGUGUAUUGCGAAUCCAAAAUGUCUAGCGAAUGUGGUUUGUAUCAAUACCUGUAAUGGAAAGGAGGACGAGAUUGGAUGUCAGAUAAAAUGCGGUGACCUGUUCGAAAAUGAAGUUGUCGGCGAGUUCAACAAAUGUGUGGUUUCAGAUAUGGGGUGCGUCCCACAAAAGCCGGAUGAUGGCUCCUAUCCAGUUCCAGAACCGUCCAAACUGGUGCAGACAUUCGACACCAAGCUAUGGAAUGGAAGGUGGUAUAUCACUGCUGGUCAAAAUAAGUUGUUUGAUGUCUUCCCAUGCCAGGUUCAUUUCUUCACCGAAAGUUCCCCAGGUACUUUCUACGGCAAGCUUAAUUGGAGAGUGGAAGAACCAGAUGGCGAAUUCUUCACCAGAGAUGCCUUGCAACAGUUUGUUCAAGAUCCCAAAGAGCCAGCCCACUUGGUCAACCAUGACAACGAGUAUUUGCACUACAAGGAUGACUGGUAUAUUGUGGAUUACGAAUAUGACGACAACAAGGAUGGAGUUCCUCCCUUUGCUUUCGUCUACUACCGAGGAUCCAACGACGCCUGGGAUGGGUAUGGAGGUGCUGUUGUUUAUACACGGGACUCUAAGCUACCAGAAUCAUUGAUCCCCCGCCUUAGAGUUGCCGCCGAAAAAGUAGGGUUUGAUUUCGACAAGAACUUUGAUCUCGUGGAUAACACAUGCAAGGCUAUUGACAAGGAUGAGUCACUGGUUCUUCGAGAAAAGUUUGCUGGAAAGGUCCUUCUACAAACCGAGGAUCUGGUGCAAGCACAAGCAACCAAGGUUCGAGGAAACGCUUUGAACAGUCAAAAGGCACAAAAGGUUUUCUUUUCCAAUGAGGGAGCUGCUGCUUCUAAGGCAUUCCAAGACCUGUCCGACCAAGUGAAGCAAUUCGAAAAAGAGGCCGUAUCCGAAGUGAAGCAGUUUGAGAAUGUAGUCGUCGACGACGUGAAGCAAUUGGAAAAGGCGGUAACUGGGCAAUAA